AUGACGACAUUCCUAAACAACAUAUUCCGCCAUCUCAACCAAGGCGAAGACCCCAUGGAACAGGCUUCUGUCGUGCGUGGGCAGACAGGACGCGUCUUAGGCCACAGCAAGACGCUCAGGAUCGAAGAACGCAAAUUUGACCACACCACUUCUGACGGCCAGUGCUACAAGUUCUUUUUGGUGGACACCCCCGGAUAUGGCGACCAUGUGAACGUCCGCAAAAGCUUCCAACCAGUAGUUGAUUUCAUCACCAGCGGGAGCAGGAAAUACCUGACCGAGGUUAUGGGGGGCAAUGACACUCCGUCGGAAGACGGCAGGACGGAUGUUUGCAUAUACUUUAUCGCAGCCCAUCGGUGUAAGCCCAUCGACAUCGAAUACAUGAAGCAGCUUUCCAAGGUUGUUGCUGUGAUUCCCGUGGUAGGGAAGUCCGACAGCAUGACGGUGGACGAGAUGAUUGGCUUCAAAAAGGCCAUCGUUGACUCGGCCGCCCAGGCUAACGGAGUCGAGUUCUUCAAUUUUUCGGAGCGGGCAUGGGGAAAGUGCCUGGGAGCCCUGAACAUCGCCGAUGAGCCCAUCUGGCUGGGCGAGAGGCGGCCACCGCCGUACGCGGUGAUCUCGAGCCAGGUGGACGACCCCAACGGAAACGCUCAUGCUCCCGAUCCAGUACGCAGAUAUCCGUGGGGUGACUGUCAUGUCAUGAGACCGGAGCACAGUGACAAUACUUACCUUCAGUGUCUCCUUCUGGAGGUGGGGUUCCAGGACAUGAAGGACGAGAUGAGGAAGCGGUAUGAAGCCUUCAAAACGGAAGAGGCGAAGCCUCUCGUGAUAGUGAUUGGAGAGAAAAUUCGGGAGUAUCGCCAUCCCAUUGCCUCCGGCAAGCCGUCGAUUCUCUUUGUGGUUCUGGCGGUGAUUUGCGCCAUAGUGGCGGUGAUUCUCGCACACACUCAGGUACACAAGGGAUACUGUGUGAACGGAAACGAGCCUUCCACGGGCCUGGCUGAUUGGAGCGAAGUCAUUCUCAAGAUUCAGCAGCUCGAAGGAUCGGACCGCAUCUUGACGGCGAUAGACCCCGGGGAGGAACCUCUGUACGUCCUCAUGGAGGUGCUGAUGGACGACCGCAAGAUUUGGACGGAAACCUCCGAGGAGGCCCAGGUUCCGGAUAAACCAGCGACUCGGUCUGCCGGCACACGAACGAGUGGCUCCACCACCAUACCCGAUGAUGGAUCUUCGCGAAACAAUCAAUCUCUAGGGAGCACGGAGGAGCCGACCAGCUCCCCCUCCACUGGCGAUCCCGAAAUCAAAUCCAAUUUGCCGGUGAACAGCAUCUACUGCAUCCUUGGAUAUUCGGCACUAUCGCUUCUCCUUGCAAUCUGUGGCCUGGUUGUUUUGGUAGUCGCGGCCUUCUUGAAAGCCUGUAGCCGUGUGGUUUCCACCGUGUGUAAAUGUUUGUCUCUCUUUCGCGAACGACGACGUGUGAACGCGUAUCCCGGACGCCCUCAUGGAGUUGCUAAUGGAGCGCUAGGAGAUUUGCGCGGAAGUCCCCGAGGAGGCGCAGGUCGGUUUGGCCCUUUUUGCUCAGAAUGUCACGGUUCGUGUACGUUUGUUGAACGUGGAGAGAGUGCGGGUGGUGAGACAAGAUACGAUGAUCACGUUCACCGGAUACUCUCAGCAAGCACGUUUACGAGUGUUUUCCGCGUCGUUCCCGCCUUCGUCGCUGCUACUUCGUCUACCCGCCUCUUACUCAUUGUCAGGAUACAUCGCAAGGCGCAAAAGCUACAGUCGAAGAAGGGGACGCCAAACAGGAAGCAGAUCGCCAUGAAUCAGCGGCAGGGCCUGCCGGCACAUAAACGAGUGGCCCCACCACAACCCCAAAUGGUGUUCCUCCGCAAACGGAGGAGCCCGUGGGGAACGCGAGGGAGCCGAACGAGUCCGGUUCCGCUGAAUCGGAUUGGUCGGGGACAAUUUACCACUAUCUGUGUGCAUUUUUGCAACUCUCGGCUGCCGUUGCCCUUUGUGGGUGUGUUCUGUGGGGAGUGGGAGGUCUGUAAAGAAAGGUUGAUUGCCACCUUGUGGUAG